UCAUUUCCGUUUCCUGGGAGAGUUUAAAUACCAGGCACAUAUACGCAACUCCUCCACCAGUGUCUAUACAGUCUGUUCUCCGAGCGCAGCCAAAAAAUUUCCCCGUAUUCUUCACUUAUACAACAGAGCGGAAAGAAACUUUCAACCAUGCGGGCGACGUCGGCUAUGUUGCUUGGGGCUUUGAGCGUUCUCUGUGCGGUGGUACUGGUGCAAUCUUCAAUCGUGAGAUCGUCCGCCAUGAGGGAUCUUGCAGUAUGGAAAAGUGACGGCAGCCCACUCGGAGAGUCCAUUGCGCGACAGGUGGCAGCACUGAGCAGAGAAAAGAGAGGCGCUCCAGGGUGGCCCUUCUGGGACGAGUGUAACUCCGCCAGAGACUGUACCAACGAUGGCAAACCUUUCUACGACUGCGUGCAGACGAGUUGGACUCAACCCAUCAAGAAGCGAUGCAUGAGAAAACUUUGCAACAGAGACGUCCAAUGCGGCGAUUCCACUCUGAGAUGUAGGGGUGGCAUUGGAGGGGGAGACCAAGCCGGAACAGUGAAGGGGUGGUGUGACGUUAAAACGCCCGAAGAAUACUGAAAAAAUCUCCAGCAGCGUAAACUUUGCAACCGGAGCAGCGAUUGUCAAAACUCGCAGUUGCAGUGCAAAGGAGGUAGCGGAGCCAGCGACAUUGCCGGAUUGAAAACUGGAUUCUGUGACUUCUAAGACGUAUUCCAAAUAUUUCUCAGAAAGCACAAUAUGUACCUCCUUCGUUUAAAAAAGCCAAACCCAGAGGAUUUGAGUAACAUUAUAGCUUACGUUGAUUGAUUCACUGUUAUGAUAAAAGCAUUAAUUCAGAGGUGUUUGUUUACAGAGUUAUCCUGUCAAUAGCAAAAUGUUUCGCACUGUUGGCAUUGUCAUCCUGUCAACAGUUGAAUUUUUUCUACAGUUGACAGGAUCAUUCUGUCAAUAGCCACUUCCUUUGAAAAAUGCCGCCCGUAAUUGCCGCAAAAUGUGCUGUCGUAUAAAGAUGGUCCCCAACUCUAAAGGACGUAAAAUAAAGUUUAGUUCACUUCUCUAUCCGAUACCAUAUUUCUAAACAAUGUAUUGUCUAUGUUACAAGACUAAGCUGUACAUCUGUUACCCAGUAGAAUAUUUAUCUGAUUAUUUUGUACCAAUAAUUUACAUUCAAACAAGUUUUAAAGAUAAGCUAAUGUUCUAUCCGUUAAAUGCAUUGGCAAAAUCGACAUACCACCAUUUUGACAUAUACUAGUAUUAGACAGUACAUUUCAUAUGGAUAACGUAAUAUGAGACCAGUGUGCACGUAUAGCACUGUGUAUACUUUCAAUGUACAAUAUUGUAUUCUUUCUUGAUAUUUAUAACGGUUGGGGAGGGUUCGUACGCACUUGUACGCGUUUAAGUUUAUGGUGAGAAUUUUGUAUACGUUUCGUUUAAGGAUUGAGGUGGAAGAAUACAUUGUAUAUUCAAUAGGAGACGCUCGUUUUAUGUUUAAGGCUAAAAUGUAUCAACGGCCAAUUUGAUGCACAGCGAAAACUCCAUUUUACCCUCUACCGAAAAGUAAAUCAACCGCAGAAAUAAAUGCCUUUAAAGUAAAACGAAAGAUUAAGGUUAAGUGUUACUGAAAAUAAAUGGCGGAUGGAAGCUAACAGGGUGAUAUUGAUGCAUACAUUCUUAUACGUAUAUAUUUGUAUGUACAUGCACAGGUAUUUGCUAUUAAUUAUUAUUAUUAUCUGUAUCAAAUUCAUUGAUUGCGAAAUAAUAUAAAGA